GCCCGACCAAGAAAGCCUCUUCUUACAAUGUUUCCUCUCCCUGUUAACUUCCUACUGCACAGAGUGCUCCUGGGAGAGAGAUGGUGGAACCCUCACUGCACAGGGUAGGAACUCUUCCUGACUGCAGGACACCUGAGCACACAAGUAGGUCAUUACUGAAUUCCACCCCUCCCUGCCACCCUCCUGGGUCUCAUCUCACAUUAUUACACUGCUUAGAUUAGGGACAGACAGAUAAGAGAAGAAUUGUGAAAAUCUUCAGGAAAAUACAAACUUUGUAGAAAUAUAUAUAUAUAUUCUUCUACAAACUUAGUAUUGAGAGAGAGAGAGAGAGAGAGAGAGAGAGAGAGAGACUGUAAGCUCAUUUGAGCAGGGUCCUCUUCAACCCAUCGUUCCUGUAAGUUUUCUUGUAAUUGUCCUAUUUAUAGUUACAUCCCCCCUCUAAUAAUAUUGUAAAGUGCUACGGAAUCUGACGCUAUAUAAAUGGCAAUUAUAAUAAAAAUAAUAAUAAGAUAUAUAUAACGAGUCUCCGCUGACCAAGCUAAAGGUUUGUUAUAUGAGUUUGGAAGAAAAAUAUUGAACAAAUAUUGCUUGCUACAAGAUCUCCUUAAACUUCAUUACCUCCCCCCCACCCCCUUCACUGCUUCCUAUACUUCUUUCAAAGUUAUGCACUAAAAGUGAGAAUUCAAAGUGAAUUUCAAAAUAAAGGCUGCAAUUAACUAACUGGCAAAAAAAAAUCUCUGCCAACCUUGCUAGCAGAUUGUCUAUUUAGUCCUAACAGUUCAAAUUAAUGUGUAUAUUCUUUAACAUUUCCCUUUUUAUCACAAAGCACCGUGAAGUGAAUCUAAAGGUGAAAUGACCACCUAUUUUAUAUUGCAUUAUAUAGAUAAAACAUGGAGAAAUUUUAAAUUACUUAAGUUGCUCCUUAGUGUUAGGAAAAAGUACAUUUUUAUAAUACUUUUAUUUCAAUACAGGGCAAAGCAUCAUUACAGCUGCUCAAAGAAACCUAUCCUACAAGCUAAUUAGUUUAGACCCAAGACACUUGGAAAUGAGAGAAAUCUCAAUGUAUUCUUCCUGGUAAAAUAUUUUAUAAAAUAAAUCUUCAGAAGAAGUUCCAGUCAUCACACAGGAUGAGUGGAAUGUUCUCUAAACUCAUGCUAUUGACUUAUACACAGCCUGAUUCACUAAACUGGGUUAUGUGCACUGAUGGGCACUGGAAUGCUGUCUGCAGCUCUGCUCUCUGUUUUUUUAGAAUUAAGGGGCACGGUGGUGUAGGGUAAAUUAUAGCUGGAGAGAUUUUUGUAAAAUUUCUAUGGUGCUAAAAGUGCCUCUUUAAGUAGGUAUUUAUUAAAACAGCUCUGUCAUUCACUUAGCAGUCCUUCCACAAGCCAAGGGAUCCCUCCCUAUACCCUGCCUAUUCCCUACAACCAUUUAAGGAUCUGUGAGCAGUGCAACUUACAAUUUCCAGUUGUGCCAGUCCUGCUGGGUCUCCUUUCACAGUGUCACCAUGUUCUGCCCUUCUUUGGACUUGUGUGCCAAAUGAUGUGCUCGCCAAGGCUUCCAAUAGACCUCUGAUGACUCUUGUGAGUGCGCAAGAGUCAUCACAUUAGAUCCAUUAUGCACACUCCCAUGUGACGUGGGACCCACCAGAUGUGACGCUAGGCUGGAAGGAAGUGAGUACAGUCUGACCAGUCAGUGACAAUGUUGACAAAGACCAUGAAACUUGACUUAAGCUCCACCCUUUGUCAACUUUUGUUAAAGGGACACUAUUGACACCCAGACCACUUCAUUUCUUUGGUUGCAGUGUCUGUCCCCUUAACCUUGUAAUGUAAAUGUUUGCAUUGCAGUGCUAAGGCUGCGUGAAACAACGCUGGACGUCUUCAUGUUCUGCAUGAGGAUGUCCAGUAUCAGGGAAAAACCCCCAUAUGAAAGCAUGGAGGCUCCCCACUUAUGUGCGUUAGGCCCCCCUUUGGAUGACGUUGGAGGAGCCAGGCUGCGAACCAGCAGCAAGACAGAGCUGGAAUCAGGUAAGUGAAUAAAGGGUUAUUUAAUGCUGAGAGAGGGCACAGCAAAGGAGCUCGUUAGUGUUUCUUUAAUAGUGUUUUUUUAUGCACAAGUUAAAAAAAAAAAAAAAAUAAUAGUCCCUACUUCUCCCGAUGUAUAACUUUGAAAAUAUGAAUUGUUUAAAAAAAAAUAAAUAAAAAAAAUAAAGAGGACAGCAGAAGCGGAGUGGCGGGGGAGGGUACAGAGUGGAGGGGGAGGGGUUGGUUGGACAUUCCCAUGGUGGUAUGGGGGUUUAAGGAUUACUUUGGAGUCUUGUUGCAAAGCUAGUUGAAGCAAGGUUGCAUGGCUUAGUAGUUGGUAGUAUAUAUAAAGCCACUUUUACGCUUUUAUUUAUAUAUUAUUUAUAUCUUGCAAAAAAUUCUGCAGCAAUUUACAAUCGUAGAAUGGGGAUAACUGACAACAAGUAGUUGACAGAAAAUAUUAACACAGACGAGAGGUAAAUAUAUACAUCUCUUAAAGUCCUUCAGUCAUACAAGGGCUAUUUACUAAACAACAUAUUAUACAACUUCUCAAUCCAAAUGGCAAAAUUGAGGUAAAAAUAGCCAUGUUGUGAUUAUAGCUCAGCCGGAUAACUUUUUUUCAGAUCAGCUAUUUUUGCACGUGAUUUAAUUUGUGGUAAAUCUGAGUUUAUUGAAUAACUGAUAAUCAUUGUUAAAAUAGUAACUAUUUCAGUUCCGUGAACCUGGUCUCUCCAUGCACUCUCCGUGUGACAGUCAUUGUGUGGAAGAGAUAUUACAGACAGAGAAAGUAUCGUUUUUUUUCUGCACUCCUGUCUUGAAGAGAAACACGUCUCCCAUGGUGAUGUUAUACUGCCCGUUGGAAUUUUUUAGUUGGGGGGGUUAGCUGAUCUAAUAAACCUUUCUGUGAGUUGACAGAUACAAAGUUAAAUGUUUCACAGCAACAACUAUUAUGAGAUGUCUUGUUUAACACACACAAACCAUAGUGUUCAGAGAUCCAGAGUCUGACAAAUAAAUACUAACAUAAUAUAACACUAAUAUAAGUAUACAAUAUAAUAGGAUUUUAUUCUUAUUCAAUAUAUUUGCUAGCAAGGAGAAGAUAAAAAAUAAGGUACACAUGACAGAAAUAAUCCGUCAUGGUUCCCUUUUAUUUCUGAAGUUGUGUCCUUAAGGGGUUAAUAUAUGUAUCAAAAAUAUUCCAAGUUCUACUUGAAAAAAGAGAAACUGCAAAAGUCAAAGAAAUGGCAGUGCUUUCGACUAAACGGUUAAAGGGACCCUCCGGGCACAAUAACAACUUUAUCUGAAUGAGUUAUGGUGCCAUGAGGUCCAUGGCACCAGCUUUCCUUUAGAGAGCAUCAACUGACGCUAAGCAAAUCAGUAGCUCCCUGUUCAAAAAACGGCUUGAGAAAAAUAUGUAUGUUUCUCAAGCCCUAUUGUUAAUGGGCAUCUACCGUUUCGCAGAAUUCCUGUGCGAAGCUAUCUGAGGCUUCCUGAUUCCAACUUCAGACAAAAGUGGAAGGGCAGCGCUAACCGGUGCUUGAUUGAAAAUUUUAGGAUUAAACUGUUCGUUAAAGUGAGUACAAGGGACUCCUGGCACCAUAACAACUUAAUUUGAUGGAGUUGUUAUUAUUUAUUUAUAAAAUAUUUUACCAGGAAAGAUACAUUGAGACAAAACAUUGCAUUGAUACAAUAGGGUAUAAUAAAAUACAAAAACAAUAUUAAUACACAAUAUACACAAAAUUUAACGUAGAACAGGAAGAAAAUAUAUAAUCAACCAUAACACGUGCAUUCUGUUUUGAGGGAUCUCUUAAAGGACUUUAGGCUUGGGGAAGAUUUUAAAGUGUGCGGGAGGUCGUUCCAUAAUUGCGGUGAUCUGUAGUUAAAGUGUUCCUUUAAUUGUUGGGAUUUCAUCAGGAAAUUAAAAAAAAAUUAGGUCAAAAUAUGUGAAUUGGGAAAUAUUAGCAAAUCUGCUUUUCAUUUUAAAUAUUUUCACCACUGGUAAAUCCUAGGAUUUUCAUCCAAGAUGGGUGUUGCACAAAUUGUAGGGAUUUUUAUUUUCUAAACACCAAAUUGCAAAAUUUAGGCAAACAGAGCUAAUUUUCAGAAGGGGCCGGGAAAGUUUCAGGAUGGUGAGACUUUACCCUCAGAAUUUGUCUCUGCCCCUGACUUGUAGAUCUCUGCCAACUUAACCACAUGUAUCCAACUUAUGACCUAAUGAGACGUCAUGUCCUGUUCAACACCAUAAGCCUAUAUAUGCAUAUACGCGAGAAACACUUUAAAAACGUGUGAGUCCAACCCUUGAUUCUGUUACUCACUGACAGCAUUAGAAGACAGGACAAUACACACAUCUGUCUUUUAGGACAUACAGGGUCUGAUGGCCAAGUGCAAAGUCAAUGGGUGAUGUCAUGUCCAGCCUGUUCCCCUCCAUCUCCAGUAUUUCAGAAAAAUAAACACAGUUGUUUGUCUUUUUAGAUGAUUAUUUUAUAUCUACCAGAUAAUUUAAUUAACACGAUACAAAGCAACAGACAGAUAAAAUGCAAAAUUUGUUGGGAGCUGAGGAUGUGACUUUUUUUUGCUUCUUGUUGAAUGCUAUUAUGAAACAUUUUGCACAUUUUUUUUUAUAGAUUAUUUUAUUUAUUCAUUAUUUCAGCACAUUUAAUAUUUUUUGCCUCUUAAAUAUUAAACGUUGCUAAGACAGCAACACUUUGUAAACAGUAAGCAUUGUAUUUAAAUGUCAUUUUACAUAACUUUCUAUUAUGUAUAUCAGCAGGAGGGCUGGAAACUGGCAGCUUGGGGUAUUAAUUACUGUCUGACAAAGGAGGCUCAGACGCCACUCUUCCUGUGGCAGCAAAUACAGGCUCUCCCUGCAGAGAAGCACUACAGAGGAGUGGACGAGACCACCCUUUAUCCAGCUCUGGACAUGGAAGGAAAAAGACUGCGACGAGGAGAGUAGCAGCACAGCGAACUUGAAAAGAUCUUCCCAGUGCAGCUCUUGUGAAAAGUGAUCAGCUGGCAAUGCUUGAGACAUGAGAGCAAGUUAGUAACUUAUUUAUUCUGCCUUGGGGGUUUAUUCACUCGGUACUGAAUUGUGGGGAACUGAAAACAAAAAUCCCAAUUUUAAAAUUUAAAGUGGAACUGUCAUUUCACAGGAUUUUUAAUAUGUUAUAUAUUUGUUUAUCUCUAUAUUUAGCAAAUAUGUGUUUGUGAGGUCUGAAAAAAAAUUAAAUUCCAUGUAGAAAUCCACACAUCUGUCCUAGAACUGGGCGCCUCCAUUUUGGCUCCCUAUCAAUCAUUGUCAUAAAUGUUGCCCUUUUCGGCCAUUGUGGAUAGAAGACGAGAAACCUAAGCAAUGUGUCUGUUCUCUUCAUUUGGUUGUUGUGCUCUAACUGUGUCUGAACUGCAUCGUGGAAUAUUUUGCUAAAUCAAUAGUAUGCAUUUCAGAAGAAAACAGAGCAACACAUGAAAAUAGAGAAGAGUGUGUGUUUUAUUUUAUUUUUUUGUGGUAAUUUCCAUAUAAGUGACCCUAAUGCUUCAGGCCAAAAUAGCUGUGACGGAAUGAAUCUGCAACUCCACCUUGGCUGUUUUGAUUUAAAUGACUAAAUUGACUAGGUUCGUCACUAAUCUGGAAAUUGUGAAAAACGUAUCAGAGAAUUGUACAUUUCAGACUAAAAUAGGCAAAUUGCAACCAUUUACCAACACAGGCAUUUAUAUUUAGUCUGGUUAUUUUGGCUACAAUUUGCAGUUUUAUUAUCAAUUCUCUACAAUUGCCAGUUUAGUAAAUUGGAUGCUUAGGGCAUGAAGACCCAUGUGGCUCCAUAUUAGCAAAGCUGUUACAGUAGUGUGCUCGCUAAAGAGUGUGCUCGCUGAAAUGCUUUAUGUGUGAAUACUGUGUCCUCUUUUUUUGAUUUUACAAAAAGUGCAGAUGUCAGUAGAAAUUGGCACAUUUAUGAAAAAUCCAUGUUCAACUCCCUGGCUGCAAGUAAGUCACAGGUCCUAUUACUUCCUGGUUAUUUAGCUCAGUGGAGCUAAACUCAAGAGGCAUCAAUUGCUCAGAGCACCUGCCUUGCAAAGACUUCUCACUGAGUUGCAUUUGGAAGUCUGUGAUUGGACAGUCACAGAAAGUCUGGGCGAGUUUAGAGAAGGAGGUCUUGCAAAGGUUUUAGACAAGAGGUCUGCAGCUUUUGUAAACGGUUUUUAGAUAUUCCCUCAGUAAAAAAAAUAAAAAAAAUGCACAAUUAAAUUGUGUGUACUUUGCCAUCUGCAAAAGACCUCUACCUUUGAUCACUGUAUUAAGUUUACAAGAUCUCUUUAAUGCCUCCCUUCUCUCACACACGUAACACAGUGAUCUCUACAUAGACCUACCCCUUCAGACAUAAAAGGACAUUAUAGUCACCCAGAUCACUUAAGCUCAUUGAAGUGGUCUGGGUGCAGUGUCCCAGUCCCACUUAGUCCUGCAAUGUAAAUCAUUGCAGUUUUUGAGAAACUUCAAUGAUUACACGUCAAUCAGUGGCUAAUUGACUUUUGGUCGCCUGACGCUCUGCAUGAGGACAUCCAGCGUCAGCGAAUCCCCAUAGAAAACAUUGAAGCAAUGCUUUCAUAUGGGGAGAGCCUGCACAUGCGCAUUAGCCUCCUCACAACGUUGGAUGAUGUCAGAGGAGGUGGAGCGGCGACCCGGCGCCGAGGGAGUUCAGUGCUGGAAUCGGGUAAGUGUCACUGCAUGGAGGAUCGGCGGUUCUCUCCACGGAAAUCCUGACAUUGGACCGCAAAAGUGAAAAUAUUUUGUCGCCUAUAUUCUGACAUAGGACCACAAAGGGUUAAGAACACCUCCAGCCAGUUGAGCUGACAGCGAGAAGUGUUUUCUGGUUCACUCUCCAGUGAUACCUUAUAGGAAGCAUUGUGUUUGGCACAUUUGCAGCAAAAGUCAUGCAUGCACCAACUUAAUUUAAAGAGAGAAACUAUUGUCACUAACAAACUCCCCGUGAUGAGAGAGGACUUGCUACUGGAUAAAAAGGUGAGUAAGCUUUCUUUUAUGGUGUGCAUGGCAUUUACUGUAGUUACUGAGUGUUUUACACUCCAAACAGCAAUUAGUUUUAUUGUGUCUGAAGUUAAUUUUCUCCAGAUGUAAUUUGAUUAUAACUCACAUAAUGCACGUUUGGCUGACAGAGAAACAUAUCAUUGGAGAAGACCAUUACAUAUUAUAAAACCAGUACAUGUUGGUUCACUAAAUACUCCCCCCACCCUUUAGAACAUUUAUAUACAAACUGCCUAUGAACUGAUCUGAGUUUCCCAUCAGAAUUCGUCCAGAUCAAAACAGUGCAUGAAAUAGGUCUGCAAUUGCUCAGGAAUUAAUUCCCAAACGAUUCCUGAGUUUUUUUUCCCUUAAUUCAUUAAUGACUGUUGACUGCAAAAAAAAUAAAUGGGAUCCCCUGUAUCCUGGAAAAUAGAAACAUUUGCUGCAGGGCACACAACCGCUUAAUCCAGCCAGGGUGCACUCACCAUAAAGCACUUUCCAAGUGCCUCUUUAAAACAAUAUAUCACUAUAUAAAGGAUUCUCACCAAAUUAUCAUACAAAUAAACUUUAUGUAUAUAAUACUCUAAAACCACAUAUAUACAAAAAUCACAACAAGGCGAGGUAAAAAGUUACGUCAAUUAACUAAAUGCAGCAUAAUUAUAUCAGCAGCCUAUUCAUAAGCAGAGAAACAUGCAGAACUACCAUGUGUCUCUUCCAGUUUAAACCGGAUAUGCGUUAGUAUGAUAAUUUGGCAAACACAGACUGGAAGGACAACAGGUGGCUAUAUGUAAAUUAAUUCUUAAACACUGCCAUGGCUAAGGUGCCUUGAGUGCCCCUUCAAUUACCAAUGUGCUCUGUAUUGCUACAUACUUAAUUCACAACAGUGAUGUCAAUCUUGCACAGUUCCAUAUUUUUGUGAAUCAUCUCUGACAAACAAGGUUUGUAUGAUAACAUUUUACUAUUCAAAAUAUAAUCUUUUGCUUUUCUGUCUCCCUACUCCAGGGGUAGGCAACCUUUGGAACUCCAGAUAUGGUGCACGCCAUCUCCCAUGAUGCUCUUUUAGCGAUUAUGCUGGUAGAGAAUCAGGGGAGAUGUAUCCAUUAACAUCUGGAGAGCCGAAGGUUGCCUAAGACUGGCAUAAUCCCUUGAUAAAUAGUUAAAAACGGCAAUAAAAAGAAGCUGGGGAAAAAAGCAAAUUAGCAUGAAAAGACAUGAAUUAAACUGCUACGUAAGCUAAUAGAAUACACAGCACAUAAACUAGUGAAAGCAGAUGUAAGGUGAGCAGUCAGGGCUAACAAUUAUAAACACAUAUAUGUUCUAUUAUUUCCAGGUACUUUUUUAAAUGGAUGAAAAUACAACGGUUUUGCCUCUCACUGUUCAUCUACUUGCCAGCUCCGAACAAUCAUCAAUAUUACAACAAGCUGUUGACAAAUUCCUGUGCAGAAUAUGUCCAGAUGUGAGACUCUUCCUGGUAUCCGAAAGAAUGGCUCCAAACAAUCAAAAUGAGUCCCAUAGGAAAAGGUUGGCCUUCCCCGGCAUCUCUGUCACAAUGUUUCUACGUGAGGACCGAGGUGAAGAAAGGAUAUCACUACUGCAUGGCUUCUUUCAGUUGCCACCAUGGAAUCAAGUUAACACAGAACUUAAACAUGUAAGAUCCUGUCCCAUUAGCCAAUCGACGUGCGAUUAUUACUGUCUAGAUGUGGACAUGCCGGUGUGGGGGAUAAGACAGGUGCACUAUGGAAUGGAGAUUGUAAGACUCACCCUGUAUUGUAACUUUGAUAAUUAUGAGGAUGCUGUGAAACUUUACGAACUGAUCCUACAAAUGGAGGCAAUUACCCAGAAACCCGGAUUCUGUUUCUUUGCACUGUAUGGUACAAAGUAUGCAUCCAUUCAGCUGUCGUUAAAGCAGCUACCCCCUGGGAUAUCUGUGCAGGUGAAAGAAGCAUGUGCACUUCAGUUCGUGGUGGAAGCAAUAGGACAAUUGGUUCCUUUACUCCCCUAUCCUUGCAUGCCAAUUAGUGAUACGAGAUGGCAAACCCAAGAUUACGAUGGAAACAAAAUCUUACUUCUGGUAAUGAAUUGUGUUUAUAAAAUAUGGGAUAUCUCAAAAACAGAGCUCAUUAAGUUAUAUGUGUACAAAGGUAAUAACACUAUAGAUUGGGCCUAGGAAGAGUAUAUUACUGGCAGUAGAUUAAAACCAUCCAGUUAACAGCAACUGUAACCAGUUGCCUGAGUUCCACACUUCCAUGAGUGAGGGGCAAGAGAUCUGUGCAACAAGCAGCACUAAUGUCUAGUUUAUUUUACUUCUCAGUACAUGACAUUUUAGAACAACUCCUGUAUGUAAUAGUGAAGUGGCUGGUAUGUGAGUGGGAACAGGAAAGUUAGAUCUGUUCUCUCAUGUGCACAGACAUUCUGCUCAUUAAUUGAUCACCGUUAAAGCACUAUAUCACCGCUAUGUAUUUUUUUCACUGUUAAAAAGCUGUAAGACUUAAUUUAAAUCAUGAAAUUGAUUGAAUAUUACAGCAUUAUUGUUAAAGGAACACUAUAGUGCCAGGAAAACAAACUCGUGUAGUCCUUAGGUCCCCCCAACCUCAUGGCCCCCCUCCCCCUGCUGGGCUGAAGGGGUUAAAACCCCUUGAGCCACUUACCUUUAUCCAGCGCCGGGCUCCCUCUGUGAUCGUGACCUCUCUUCCCCCUCCGAUGUUGGCUCCCGAGUGGAGCCGAAUGCGCAUGCGCAGCCAGAGCCGCGCGCGCAUUAAAAACGCCCAUAGAAAAACAUUACUCAAUGCUUUCCUAUGGACAUCAGCAUCUUCUCACUGUGAUUUUUACAGCAUAAUUCUCUACCAGCAGAAUCGCUAAAAGAUGGAGAUGGAGUGCACCAUAUCUGGAGUUCCAAAGGUUGCCUACCCCUGGAGUAGGAAGACAGAAAAGUAAAAGAUUAUAUUUAAAAGAAUAGUAAAAUGUUAUCAUACAAACCUUGUUUGUCAGAGAUGAUUCACAAAAAUAUGGAACUGGAUUAACCCUCAGUGAAACAUAGCAGUUUCUCUGAAACUGCUAUGUUUUCAGCUGCAGGGCUAAAACUAGAGGGACCUGGCACCCAGACCACUUCAUUGAGCUAAAGUGGUCUGGGUGCCUAUAGUGGUCCCUUGAGUCUAAAGGGAGUAAACAGCCAUUUUUACCAGGACAGACAGGAUUGUAACUAUAGGAUCCCCAUUUGUUUUCUUCCCCCAUUCUUUCCCACUUAACAUAUCUUGUUUAGGCCAUCUAGCGUGAAAUAGCCAUUGUGUUACAGGAUAUCACCAUGUACACUUGGACAAUUUGCAUUGCAGGUAAUGAACAGAUGAAGGAUGGGACAGGAUUUUAAAGUGUCUGUGUGUGUAACCCUUUUUUUAAUCUUGCGACAUAUUAAAUUAUUCACAUUAUUGCCGCCCUUUUAAAUUAUUUAUAACGGCUUUUCCUUUUGAAUUGAGAUGAGAAAUGAUUGGCCAUUUUUGAAGCUGAUUUAAUUUUAAAAUCAUAUUUGUCUUGUGCCCAGGUUACAGAAAAUACCAAGGUUACAGAAGGCCAGUACAAUUGCAUGAAGGGUCAAGUAGUGGCUUCUUGUACUUCACAUUUGUCAGAAUUCAAGACACCUAACAAAAGACUGGAGAGUGAAAGACACACAGAUAAAGCCAAACUCGAAACACGUUUUACCCAAUCCAAAUCUUUAGAGCAUAUUGAAAAUAGCUGUGGAUGCAGCAAGAAAAAUUACCCAAAAAAGAGUCUAUACAUGAGAGAAACAGAGACCAAUGUGGACACUGGAUAUACAGUUGUAAAACGGAGAGGUCAUCAGUCUUUGGUCCCUGGAUUUUCUAGAAGUUUUACCAAACUAACAAUUUCUGAGGAUUGUCAUAUUAACACGCUUGUUCGAACUGACUGUCAAAAGAUAGUAUCUCAAAAAGUAGAAGCUGUAUGUCCUGAAGUUCUCACCGGAAAAAUAUGCUUGGACAAAGGGAAGUCAUUUUUUAAUUUGGAAAAGUCACAAGAACUCCAUAGCAACUCCAAAGAACAACAAGAAGAAUUUUUCAUUUAAAAUGUGCCAGUGGAGCACUAGUCGUUUAAUAAAUAUUUAUAGUAUGUACUGAUAAUUGCAUGUAUUGGACAGGUUUAUCAUUUAGGAGAGCUAUCCUUUAUUGCCUCGCUUUUUAAUAAAUCAGAUUUUCCAUAUAUGUCUGGAGUUCUAGAGAGAGUUGUAGAAUAAACUGGAUAAAACUGUAAAAUAGUAGUUUAAAGGCCACUGGUAGGGUGCAGAUCUGGAGUGCCGAAGGUUGCCUACCCCUGCAAUGUAUGAUCCAACAGUCCCAAAUGUUGCAGCACAGUCCUAAUGUCCCCCUUUUUGAAGUCGUGCUUUUAGGGACCACUAUAGUAAUGGAGUUCAAAAAGACAGACCUGUCAAGUCACACAUUUUUCACACUGUCCUUCUGACCACCAGAUAGAGAGUCUACACUUUUUAGGAAUGUCAGAGCAUUUAAU